AUGACUGAUCCUAUGAAGACUCUCGACGACUCGGAUCGUCCCAAGCCCACUCCGGUCUCACAAAAGGCAUAUGUAAUUGCCGGAAUUUCGGUCACUGUUUUCGGGCUGGAGGAACUUCGUCCUCAAGCAAAAGAUGUAGCCUGUCUCUGGUUGCUACAUCCUCGAUUGGCAACGCAAGAACGUAUGAGCGGCAUUGCAGCCUCCGCUAUUGGCGAUUGGAAUGGCAAAACCCAGCAGACCCCCUCCGCCAAAGGGUUGAUUGCUGUUUCUUUUGAUCAGCGAAACCACGGCACCAGACUGGUUGAUCCACUAGCCAAUGAGGCCUGGAGACAGGGUAAUCCCCGCCAUGCGCAAGACAUGUUCUCCGUCUUUCAGGGCACGGCGCGGGAUACAUCUCUACUGAUGGACUAUCUUGCCUCGUUCAUCUUUCCUAAUGGAGAGCAUCAAAUUUCGGAGAAUCUAGUUCUGGGUGUGUCCUUGGGCGGACAUGCUGCUUGGAGCUGUCUCUUACACGAUCCGCGAAUGACCGCCGGAGUUAUUAUCAUCGGCUGUCCAGAUUAUCUCAAUCUCAUGGUAGAUCGUGCUCGUUUGUCAAAGCUGCCGUCAUGGACCAAAUCCAACCCGCCUGGAUCGGAAAUCUUGGGCUCGGAGGCAUUCCCAAAUUCCUUUGUGGAUAUUGUCAAGAAGUAUGAUCCUGCAAGCCUCAUUCUUAGUCAUAUGGAUACUGGUUCGUCUGGUCCAGGACGCGAAGGUCCUCUGCCUGAGCCGACAAAUAAAGAGCAGCACCAGCUUCGGCCGCUCUUGUCACGCUGUCUAGCGGGAAAGCGUAUCCUGAAUAUAUCUGGUGGUGUGGACAAGCUCGUUCCUUAUCAUCGCGGAGAAGUCUUUCUUACUUGGUUCAAGAAAGCCAUCGCUGCCAAUGGGUGGUUCGGCGAUGGUGGUGUGACUUUUGAAGAUAUUAUUGAUCAGUCAGCAGGGCACGAGGUCACUGCCAACAUGGCGGAUGAGGCUAUUCGUUUUAUCAGCGAGACACUCGCGGCCAGUGACGACGAUCGGGGUCGCUGGGGCUCUGUUCGAGAAUCCAAAAUUUGA